GCCCGGAGGCUGUCGGGAAGUAGGCGGGGUGACGUGUGGUUGACGAGCUCGGCGGCGGGUUUGCUGAGAUCUGUGGCCGGCGGCAGCUGGUGCGGGGGGCUGCCGAGAACGCGAGGUGGAGCGGGGCGGUGUGUGGCCGGGGCCAUGACGGGCAAUGCCGGGGAGUGGUGCCUCAUGGAAAGCGACCCCGGGGUCUUCACCGAGCUCAUUAAAGGAUUCGGUUGCCGAGGAGCCCAAGUAGAAGAAAUAUGGAGUUUAGAGCCUGAAAAUUUUGAAAAAUUAAAGCCAGUUCAUGGCUUAAUUUUUCUUUUCAAGUGGCAGCCAGGAGAAGAACCAGCAGGCUCUGUUGUUCAGGAUUCCAGACUUGACACAAUAUUUUUUGCAAAGCAGGUAAUUAACAAUGCAUGUGCCACUCAAGCCAUUGUAAGUGUGUUAUUGAACUGUACCCAUCAAGAUGUUCAUUUAGGAGAGACAUUAUCAGAGUUUAAAGAAUUUUCACAAAGUUUUGAUGCAGCUAUGAAGGGUUUGGCACUGAGCAAUUCAGAUGUGAUUCGACAAGUACACAACAGUUUUGCCAGACAGCAAAUGUUUGAAUUUGAUGCAAAAACAUCAGCCAAAGAAGAAGAUGCUUUUCACUUUGUCAGUUAUGUUCCUGUUAAUGGAAGACUGUAUGAAUUAGAUGGAUUAAGAGAAGGACCAAUUGAUUUAGGUGCUUGCAAUCAAGAUGACUGGAUCAGCGCAGUACGGCCAGUCAUAGAAAAAAGAAUACAAAAGUACAGUGAAGGUGAAAUUCGAUUUAACUUAAUGGCUAUUGUGUCUGACAGAAAAAUGAUUUAUGAACAGAAGAUAGCAGAGUUACAAAGACAACUUGCAGAGGAACCUAUGGAUACAGAUCAGGGUAGUAAUAUGUUAAGUGCUAUUCAAUCAGAAGUUGCCAAAAAUCAGAUGCUUAUUGAAGAAGAAGUACAAAAGUUAAAAAGAUACAAGAUUGAAAAUAUCAGAAGGAAGCAUAAUUAUCUGCCUUUUAUUAUGGAAUUGUUAAAGACUUUAGCAGAACACCAGCAGUUAAUACCUCUUGUAGAAAAGGCAAAAGAAAAACAGAAUGCAAAGAAAGCUCAGGAAACCAAAUGAAGAGGAUGCUUUGGGAUGUGUACACAUUUCUGCUUCUACACUUAUUUUCAUGGCACCAUUAAGUAUAAGGAACUUUGAGCAACAUCCUAAUUGACUCAAUGCACGUUUGGCAAUAGUACCAGUCUGUCUUGUCUUUAAUGCAUGGAUUAAUAAACUUUUCCCCUACCUGCAUCAUGUGCAUGCAGUGCAUAUUAAAUAAAAAUAAUACUGAGAGUGCUUGCCCAAAUUCCGUUUUUUUGACAUUGGAUCUGAGAACUCUUAUUGGUAUUCUGGAUUUAUAACUACAGUAUGAACCUAGAAAAUGCACAGAUGAUAUUCUUUACCUGUAAUGUUCUGAUUAAUCUUUUGAUUUUUUUUAGCUUAAAAUUUUUUGAUUUUUAAAUGUUAAAUCUUAACUAAAUCUUCUGUUUCUUCUUAUCAUUAAUGGAAAAAAAUCAAUAUUUCUGUCUUUGACAUGUGUUUUGAGAAUCUUAAAACUAAAAAUUUCCUCUUAUACCACUUAUUUGAUUUUAAUGCAGAUCAUUUGAAAAGAGCAAAAGUAAAAUUUUUAGUGAUUUUCAUUGUUGCCAAUAGAAAAGGUAAUAAGCAUUGCAAUUUUA